UCCUCCACUUUCGCUUCUGCUCCCAUUGGUGCUUCGGAAAGUGUGUUGUGAUUGGUCAGAGGUUGAAGUGGGUGUGACUGGAGGAGGAAGCAUGGCUGAGCUGUGGAGGCCUCCCCGGGACUGUGAUGACUACUUGGAUGAAUGGAAAUACUGUAAGAGCCUAAGGAAUCGUUUUCAUUACUACUACACUUAUGGAGGAAAACCAGAUUGCCAGCAGUGGAAGGCAGACUAUACAGCAUGCAAAGAGUGGGAAAAGAGAAAAAGCCAGGCAGCCAAGGAAGCUCUACUGCAGAGUGAGAAGGCUCGGCAAAAUGAAAAACAGAACAACAAUCCAGUGUGGACAAUGAGGAAGCAUCCUCCUGCAGACUGGCACCUGCCACUGGAUAGAUAAUCCUAAACAAGAACACCUGAAAUAAGCUGAAUAUGAAGAGUGACUCCAUUUAAUUUCUGUGGAAGUGUAAUAGCUCUGAGGCAUUUCUUUUUAUGUAUUUUGCUUCCUUUAUUUAGAAGCAUGGAUCUGAGUUUAUGAAAAACGAAAGAAAUAAAAAAGGUUAUUUUGAUU